GCGGAGCCUGUCCCAGGCGGAAAGGGGUGAGCGCCCAGGGUCCCCAGCCGAAGCUACCAUGGAUGGGGCCACAGUGGCCGGCGACCUACUGACUUUGGGGUACGGUGCCCUCCCGGAGGCGGCGUUCCGGGGCCCCGCGUGUGCGGACUUCAGGGCGCUGUGCGCGCGGCUGGCGGCCGAGAUGACGGCUCUGGGAGCUCUGGAGCUGCGAGAGGAGGGCACCGCAGUACUGGGCGCUGGCCACGGCCCGGACGCAGAAGAAGAAUUCCUGCGGCAGUUGACUGGCCUGCUGCGGGCGUUGCACUGCCCGGAUCGCGCGCUCUGCGGCGGAGACUGCGCCACAGUGCUGCGGGAGCCCGGCGGCGGCCUGCGCCUGCUGCGGUUUCUUUGCUCCGAGCUCCAGGCUGCCCGCCUCUUGCAUCUGCGGCUCCAGCUACAUGCUAUGCCUGUACAGUCCUUAGAAGGGACAAAGGAGGGAAAUGGCGUGGUUCAAGAGCUGAUGCUAACUCUUCAAGCACUGGGGCUCCCUAGACCCGUUCGUGGAACCCUGGCCAGCCAGCUACUUCGGGAGUUUCACGAGAAGAUCUCUGAGCUGCUGCCUUCCCUGCCCCCAGAGUCCAUGCAGCCGCUCCUCAGCUCCCCUCUGGGUGCGUCACAAUGGGAAGUCCUGGAGACCUUGUCCCAAAGCCUGACAGAGCAGUACUGCUGCCGCCGCUGCCUCCUUCUGAAGCGUCUGGACCUUACGACGUCUGCCUUCCACUGGGGUGACCGGGCAGAGGCCCGAGGAGAAGCCAUGAAGGCAGUGCUGUUUCCAAUCCGAGGACUUCUGACACCAGAAUCUAAUGUCUCUGUCGCACAUGUUCUGGCUGCCCGAGCUGACCUUUCCCGUCUUGUCCCAGCUACCAGUGUGGCUUCCCGCCGAGGGACCAGCUGUGCCAUCAACAAGGUGCUUAUGGGUGAUGUGCCGGACCGUGGGGGGCGCCCAGAUGAGCUGGAGGCACCCAUGCCUACCUGGAGGAGCCGAAGGGAAGAUGGAGGAAGGGGAAAAGCUGGCCAGCAGCGCUGGGGUCGCAGAAAGAAGAAGAAGUAAAGGGUCUCAGAGGGUCGGUCAGAGGCUCUGCCAGGUGCUGGUGCUGCCAGUAACCUUUGAGAGUCACUGGCAGGAUUUUCCUUGGCACCUAAGCCAGGCAUUCCCUGUUGUAGAGAGACCCUGAGCUUCCUAUACCCACCCAUCCCUUAACGCUCUGAACCAUGUUGUCUGAAAAAUAAAUUUAAUUCUUUUGAUGGUUA